AUGGACGGCCGGGCCAAGAAGAGGGUGGAGUCCGAGGAGAAGUAUCAUGCCGAGAAGCGCGCCUGCAGUUCACCGGGAAUUAGGCCUGCGUCGUCUUCGUCCAGCGAACCCCCGGAAGUGCCGGCGGAGUCGGCUUCCUCCUCGUCCGAUCACCAUACGGCUGAGCUACACAUGGCUGACUCUUCCUCCUCGGUUCGUUCGGAAAGGGGGUCCUUAGACGGGUCCUCUUACUCCGACGGCGGGGACGAGGACGACGAAAUUGAUCCUUAUCCCUACCCUGGGGCUGACCAACGCCAGUGCUAUAGUUACAGAGGAGAGGGCCGAUACGGCUACUUCCCAUCCACGGAGAAGAUGGAGUCACUCCUAUCUUCUCUGGACUACGAUGCAGGUUCUAGCGCACAUCUUGCGGCGCUGACGGACCUUUGCGAGAUGCUAUCGUUUGGUUCGGAGGAAUCUCUGGUGAACCUUGUGGCGGACUCAUUCGCCCGAUCGCUUGUGAGGCUGGCAGGGCUCGAGAGUAAUCCUGACAUAAUGCUACUUGCAAUCCGGGCACUCACGUAUCUCUGUGACGUGCUUCCAAUGUCAGCUGCCGCCAUAGUGAACCAUGGAGCACUUCCCGUUCUUUGUGCCCAUCUUACGUCGAUUGAAUACUUGGACGUAGCGGAGCAGGUCUGUUGAUGCUUUUAGUGAUGUGAUGUCCCCGUAAAAUUCGAUUACGGCUUUUUAUUCAAUCCGAUCAUUUUCAUUAUGUUUUUAUUACAGGGAAUACAAGCCUUAGAAAAGAUUUCUCGACGUCAGCCAGUUCCUUGUUUGAGAGCAGGGGCCAUUAUGGCAUGUUUAGCCUACAUUGGCUUCUUAACGACAAGUAUUCAGGUAUUCGUGCGAUUGGACCAGCCAGCUAAUAUCAUCAGUCCCAUUGUCGACUCUGUUUUGAUUGGAGUUCGAAUUAUGAAGCAUUCAUAAUCUGCUGAUUUCUUAUCCCAUCUGUUUAUCCCUGUCCUCAGAGGGUUGCUGUUUCUACUGUUGCAAAUGUGUGCGAAAAGCUCCCUACAGAUUGCUCUUCGUUUCUCAUGGAGGCCAUUCCCGCCCUUUGCAAUCUUCUCCAUUAUGAUGACAGCAAGGUAUCCAAUAUAGCGUCUUCUAGUUCAUGAUCCAUGAGUUGUAUUUUGCAGUCGUCAUUCUCAGAUCACCCAUUAAAAAAUUACGCCUCGGACCUUUAUCUACCUAGGGAAUAGACCACGUCAAAAAAAAAAUUAAUUGUUUUCUCUCAAUUAUUUGUUCACAGAUUGUGGAAACUUCAGUUGUUUGCUUGAAUAGGAUAUCUGCAAAUUUUCUUGACUGUCCAGAGUCACUUGAUGACAUGUGCAAGCACGAUUUAAUUAAUCACUGUGUUAGAUUGAUUUCCUCCUGCUGCCAACCAUCAGUCAGCCAGACGAUGUCAAUUGUAUGUAUUCCUUUCAUCAUGAGAAUGUUUCUCUGCUCAGUGAGGCGACUUCUUUUGGAUUGUCUGAGAUAAUUUAUGAUCCAUCAACAACUGCAGGACUUGAUGAGGAUUCUUACAAGGCUUGCUUCUGGUUCUCUUUUAGCGUUCAAAGAACUUUUUCAGCUCAACAUAAGCACCAUGUUGAAGGGGAUCCUUGAGACCACUGACAAUUAUCACAUCAUGUUUCAUUCUUUACGUGGAAAUAGGAACGACAGUCAGGUCUGUGCAUAAAUUGUAUUGAUUUUUAAUAUUUUAAAGCCGUGUUUCAAUAAUCCGAGGAUUUUUCUAUAUUUCAUAUAUGAGUGAAGAUAAUCUCAUGAUUUUUAUUGAUUCGUCUUCUUCCUGCUUCAUCUAUUCUUUCUAAGGUGUUUUGGGGCCUAUUUUGUGGAAAGUGAAAAUUUUGGGCAUGAAAUUCAAAAGUCGGCCUGGAUUAAUAUGCCACUAGUCCUUUUUAUGCUCAGAUUAUUGAUUAGUUAUGCUCCUGAAUGCCCUAGUUGAUUAGGAUUGAUUAAGUAGUCAGUAAUUUUUCCAAGAGAGAGAAGGAUCUGCGGAUGGGAGGAUCUUGGGUUCCAUCUUCCCCAUGCAAUUGCUAUGCUUGGAUGUCCACAACUUAGACAUUCACAAAUGUGCCUAUACCUUGGGCGUCAAAUUCAAUACCUGUGUCUUAAAGAAGUACCUGAUGCAUGACAAAGGGUCAUAAGUUUCUAGUUUCGUCUUCCUGAUUGUACGUUUAAGUAUUGUUUUCCUGCUUGUACGGAAUGCUUUCUUGUUCAACUGACCAUUUAUGACUAUUGUCAUCCUAUCAGCCGCUGAAAGUUUCACCAGUUCCUCUUGUAGACGAUACUACCACGGAGAACAGCUGAUAAAAAAAAUUAAAAAAAAUUGAAGGACCUUUUGUGUACUUCGUUGACUCAUUGUUAUUGUAUAAGCGUAGUUUCAGUGAUAAAAAUGAAAAUAAUUUUUUUUAAUGAUUUUUUUAAAUGUCACAGAUCUCAUUUUUAGUACGGGACUAUCUACGGAUAAGGGGACACGAGUGAUUUCAAGGAAUAUCUCUGAAACUAUUUUUUUAUAGAGAAUAUUUUCAUUCUGGCAGGAAACCGUCUCAAUAACUUCGUAAUCUUUUAGGAAUAACAAUUUUUAUGCAAUGGAAUAUCCAUUUUCUUCUCCCAUACUGUUUAUUGGGCGAAAAAGUUAUCUAGAUAGAAAUUAUGUUCAGUCUUAUUUAAAAUAGCUGGUGUAACUUUCAUGUUUAAAUGUCGCAUAUACAUUUCUUCAAGUUGUUUGACUUACUGCAUAUCAUGUAUAUGUCCGCUCCUUCUGUCCGCCUUCCCAUUACAUUGAAAUUUUCGGUGAUGUGAUUACAGGGGUCUGUCCCUUUGGGGCUGUUAAUGGACUGAGACAGUCUCAGCUUUCUUGUAUGUCAGAAAUCUAGGAUUAGUUGUUCAUUCUGGUUCUGUGCUGCUUUUUUAUGGGUAUGUUGGUGAUAGUAUCUGGAAACUAUGAUAGCUAUAUGCGAUCAGAAGACAGUCAUUGUUAAGGGAUCGAUAUCAGGAAAAUUUGGAUUUACGCCUCGUGUUUGUUUGUGUUUAUGAUACAUAUUUGCUACUUCUGUCUUUGAUACGGAUCUAAGUUCCUCUUGUGUGAUAGGAAAAAUUCUCAAAUAUUGUUUUUCUUGUUAAAAUGAUCGCAAGUGACCACUAGAAUCCAAGAAGCUGCAGCUGUUGCUUUUUAAGAUAUGGUGUGUGAAAGUUUCGCUUGUAUAUAACUGUGUUAUUUGAUUUCCAAGAGAAAAAACUGUUGGUUUACCUUUUUCUCCCGAGUGCUGUUGAUGAAUGGAAUUCUUUGCGGUGAGACUACUGUUGCAUGGACUUUUUUGAGAGCAUUGUCACUUAAGCUCAUUCACGCAUGUCUUAUUCAAUUUACAAGCUAUUGUAGCAUGCUUUGUAGUAAACUAAAGAUAAGUAUUUGUCAUAUAAAUAUAUCAUAUAGGUUGGGUAGUAUUAACACACUUCGCCACAUUAUAUAUUCUUAUAUUAAGUGAUUGUGUUCCAGGUACAUGAAGUGCUGAAAUUGUUGACUCAACUUCUUCCUUAUUCACGAAACAAGGAGAAAGGCCUUGAGUUUGUUUUGGCCAAGGAAAAGAUACUAGCUCAAGAACCCAAUUUUUUGCAUCAGCUUGUAAAAGAUAUUCUCCCUAUACUGAUUCAGGUAUUUUUCUUGAUAUUUCUUUAAUGAUUUUUUUAAUUUUAAGAGUCUGUGUGAUACAUUUCCGAGAAUUAUGUCCACCUCUAGGUACAAGAAACUAUUUUAGAAUGAACUUCUGAGUAAAAAAAUAAAGUCUGCCCCUUCCCAUGAGUCACUCGCGGCAAUCGUAUAUGCAUGCCCUGUACAAAACGUUUUUGCCUAUUCCCUAAUUUCUGUCCGAUUGAUCAAAAUCAACUUGUAUAUCCUUCCUCAAUAGAGUUCUAUGCAAUCACGAUUUUUUUUAGCUCAAAAAAUAAAAUUAAUGCAUGAAGGACCCAAAUGGCUGUCAGGAAACUCCACCCUUCGAACGAGUUGUGCCUAGUGAAAUUUCCAAGAAACCUAAUCAAAUUUCCAUCUUUCUCUUAGGUUUUCCAAUUUCGAAUGUAUUUGAUUUGGCACUACAAAGGCGAAUGCUUACUUUUCUUCUCGUUUCCUUCAUAAAAUGUCCACAUUGAUUCGUCUUUUGGUCAGGUCCCAGUAGUUUGAUCCACUUUGUUAAAAAGGGUUCCGAAAUAAAAAUCAACCUGAAGCAUGUAACUUCCAAGGGACAGUCGAUUCCCCAUAUAUUUUCCGUCCCAAAGAAGAUGCUUUCAUUUCAUCAGUAUGUAAGAGUAGUUCACCAAUACACGUAUUUUUAUCUUGAAUAAAUUUCGUAUCUUUCAAUCGUGCCGAAAACCUUCCAUUUUCACAAAAUGAGCUAUUAUUUGAAUGGUUUAUCUUCAUAAAAAGAUCCUGAGAAAAAUAGCUCCUGAUGUUGGGGUCCACUCUGUGCUAUUAUUUUCUGUAUGACAACAGCAUUUUUGUCAGGCUUUCUCGCGAAUGGCUUGGGAGGCCUAUCUUCUAGUGUAUCUUUAAACUAUAUAUUUCUCUGAUCUCUAACUUGAAUGUAAGGUGUUGUGACGUCAAUUCACCUUAUUUUGCGUGACAACACCCCUGUCUCCUAAUCUGUCUGAUGGAUUUAUUUAGUUUCUAAUGGGACACAUAUCCAUCUAAGUCCAGCAAUCGUGUUUUCGUUACAGAGGUCUUUUUAUUUAUUUCAGUAUGCAUAAUCACAUUGCCAACAGUGCCAGUUCUAUCCUAGAAGAAACCAAUUGGAAAGAAUGGGAUUCUCUAAGCAACUAUAUACAUUGGAAACGUGUUACGUCGAUAUAACAAAUGCAGGUUGCCUCUAAUAUUCCACAGUCGGCCACCGCCAUUAUCUCCUAGUGAUUUUAAUGUAUUCUUCUGAGGCAUACUUUUCAGUUCUAUAUGAUAAAAUUUAAUAUAGAUGUAAUUGUGUCAAGCUUAUUAGUAUUUAUUAGUGUGAAAAUUAAUAUUAAUGAUAAUAAUAUUUUACUCGUUUUUUAUCUCAUUUUUUUCCACAAGCAACAGCCAGUUAAACAUGGAUUGUAUUUGUAUAGAUCUGGUUGUCAUUCCGUUCUUCUUCACAGGUUGUGAACAUUGGUGCGAGUCCAUGUGUCUGUUAUGGUUGUGUCUCUCUCAUUGAAAGUAUGGUCUUCCUAAGCUCAUUGGAGACGCUUCUUGACUCAAUAGAGGGUAUCAACUUUUCAGGGUAAUGGCAUUCACGAGUAGAUCUGUCGCUAAAAAGGCAUACACAUGAGACUAACGCAACUUAUUUAUUGUGUUUAUGACAGUUUUUUGGCUGCAUUACUCAAAAGGAGAGAUAAUCAUGUGCUGAGUUCUUCUCUGAAAACUGUUCAGAUUCUCCUGGAAAGACAUUAUGCUGCUUUUGUCGGCCUCUUCAUUAAAGAAGGUGUUGUUUAUGCAGUUGACGCACUUCAAAUGCCGGAGAAUGUCACCCAAUUUAUGCCUCAGGCCAUUCAGCCUUGUCGAGCACCAAGAUCUGAAUCUGCUGGAAUAAGCAUAAAAAAAGAUUCUAAGUGCUUUUGCCAUGUGUUUGACCCACGUGAUUCUCUGUCGUCCCAGUCAGGAACUUGCGCAGUUAGCGAGGAAGCUGUUCUUGAUUUGGCGAAGCAGAUAAAGUCAACCUACUUUAAAACUGUCAUGGCAAACUCUGAGACGGGUUUGUCGGAUAUUCUUCAGAAGCUUAAAAUCUCUUGUUCGAACCUGGAUGACCGCGUGGAAAAUAACUCCAAACGUGACUUCUGUGCUCAGAAUGAAGAGUACUUGGCCCGUAUACUAAUGCAAGUCAUGGAGAUUCUUAAUGGAGAACCUUUGUCCACAUUUGAGUUCAUUGAAAGCAGAUUUAUGAAAUCAUUGGCUAAUUAUUUGUCCAAUGGGGUGUAUUUCCAGGCAGAAGUGGAUGACUCAGACUUGGAGAAUCACUUUUCCGUAAUUUUUACAAGGUUUCGCACAUUUGCUACCAUCUGUUUGUUAAAGUCAUGCCAGCAUUGGGAGGGUAUGCUUUUGAAGCUGUUAGUACGGAAAUUGCUAAGUGCUCUCGCUACUUUUGACGAUUUUCCAAUUGUCUCGAGUCUCAGUUACCAUCAUAGAUAUAGCUAUGCUGAUAUUCCAUGCAGAGGUUAUACAAUUAAUCCAUGCCUAAGGGUUCGAUUUGUAUCUGAAGAUGAGUCGGUAUCAAAAGAAUACGCGGAUAAUGUUUUAGCGGUUGAGUCUUCAUCAUCUUUCGAUGAGAUUGAGGGAAUUUUGUGGCCCAGGAUUAGCGGCAAACAGUCCGGCCAACUUGGAGAAUCCACAGGUAAGGGAGUAGGUGAAACCGGUUCAAAGCAUAGUGGUGGAUCUAAGGCCCAUGAAGACACAUAUUUAGCAGAGGAAUGUACUGAGGAGAUGACUCCAUGUCAAGAACAUAAAAAAGUCAUAGAGGUAUCUCAAAAACUUUCUAUAUAUUUAGAGGCAUGAUUUCCUUUCUUCUGUUUUUUAGCUACCAUUACUAUGAUGCACCUUAUGGAAAAUAACCAAAUUCAGUUUUGGCUAUCCAUGUAAUGUGUUUGACCAUGAUUCUAUUCUUAGCCUGUAUGCAAAUGUGGUAUUUUAGUAUGGAAAAGUUGCCGCAACUUUUUCUUCUUGAUGGAAAAAACCGCUGGUUUUCCAAAAAUGUAACUGUCAGGCGUGCCUGGGGAUCUUGUGAUGAUAAUAUUUUCUGGUCUGGGUAUUCUGAUGUUUUUUUUUGGUAUUUAUUAGUGAUUAGCAGAAGGUAAAGGUUUCUAAGUGUAAUUAUUGAUCAAUAAAAAACAGCUGUAUUUACUGGAAAAUCUUCAAUUUAAAAUACUAAAUCAAUUUUUAGUGUCCUUGGUUCGCUGUUUUCCGUUACAUAUUAUUGUGUUUAUUAUAAUCUUAAUUACCUUUUCAUCCUCGUCCUUGUUAAGCUUUACCCCGUUAACAUGGCUUAGCUUAGAAUUUUAAAAUUCCACUUCCACUUCCGAUGUAUUUUUUACACUGCCAUAAACAGUGCACAUUCCCGUGGUUGAUGCAUGGUAUCUUUCUACUGGGGAACUUCAUAAAUAUCGCUUCAAUUUCAUUCUGGACAUAAUCUUGUUUCUUUUAGAGAGGUUUUCAGGUCAGGCCAUUCCAUUUUAGAAACUUUCAUCGACCUACCAUAUGUGCUUUCUUCAACUAUUUUCAUUCGUCUACCGAAACUUGAGACUAUCUUAGGCAAGUAUUUAAACAAUCUUGCCAAUAAAGUGGAUUUGAGAGUGUACAAGGAAUUUAAAUCCGAAAACUCCAUUGAUUAGAUGGUGUCGUUUUGUCAAUCAAAAGGUUUUCGAAAUCUUUGGCAUGGUUUUUCAAGCAUUCCCCACGAAAUAUGGUUGGACAAGCGCCCAAAAUGUCCUACCUGCUUAGGAAAUCGUUGGCAUAGUUUUUUAAGCAUUCACAGAGGACUGCUCAUGUUUGUAAAUGAAUAUAUGCACUGGUUCGCAAAGGGCCAUAGAUUUUCUUGCAGUCACAAAGCUAUUGAUUAUUUCAAACAAGAUGAGCAUGCCUGAACCGUAAUGUUUCUGUUUAAUUUUUAAUAUUAAUACUUUUUCCAUUUAUCUUAUCUUAUUUUUCAAAAAAUAUUUAUUUUAUUGUCUAAAUUAUUUUUAAGCCUACUAAGUUGUGACAUAACACCUCACCUUCUCACCCUGGGCAGUAAUCCACUGAGAUAAACUUUGUACCCGCGCCUAGGUUUAAUUGUUAAAGUAGUUGUAAAAUGAUUUCAAAUAUGGAUUCAUGAUGUUUCUAGUUAGAUCGUUUAAUAUCAUCAUGAUUUCAUUGAACGUCACUCCAUUAUUCACAUAACUGACGAUGUCCAACUGCUGGAAACGUACUAUUUAUGGUUGAUUUUAAAAUGUUCUUAUCUUGUGGUAUAUCUGAUUUUCUUAAACAUCAGUUCACUGUCAAUCAGGAAUUCCAGCACUCUGUAGCAGAGGAUGCCAGUGUAACAGAUGAGGAGCUCGUGACAUGUAAGCAUGUCCUUUUUCUGUUGGGGAGGGGGCUGAGUGGGAAUCCCGUUUAUUUUUCUGGUUUACCUUUGGUUGAUUGCUGAGUGUAUGUCUGCGAAUCAAUAUAAUUAUUUAAUUGACGACGUCAAACGUUUCUUAACAGAUGUUCGUGUGCCUUUUGUUCAUAUAGGUAUUAGAGGAUCAAGAUCUGUAUCUCGAGUCAAUGGACAUGAUGCUUCACCAAAAUUGCUUUUUUAUCUAGAAGGGGAACAAGUUGAUCGUCGUCUAACUCUCUUUCAAACGAUUCUACAACAUCAAUUGGAUGUCGAGAGUGAUGUGGCAGUGGGACCUAAAUUUUGGAGUGAUGUCUAUAGAGUGACAUACAAAAGAAUAGAACAUAAACAGUCCGUUCCUAAAUCGUCUCCCACUACUGGUUCGAAGGUUACUUGUGAGAGAACACUUCUUUCUUGGCCAAAACAUCCUUUUUUCUCCUGCAUAUUGGACGGUACGCUUCCAUGUAGACUGGAUAAAUCAAAAUCUUCAUAUGAUGUUUUGUUUUUGCUGAAAGUUUUGGAAGGCUUAAAUCAAGUCGCACACAGAAUUUCAUCCUAUGAGACGAUCAAGGCAUUUGCUAAUGGUAGAGUUUCGAAUACUGAUGAUCUUAAACGGACAGUAUCUACAGUUCCACGACAUGAGUUUUUAAGCAGCAAGCUGAAUGAAAAGCUAGAGGAGCAAAUGCGAGAUCCUUUGUCAGCUUCCACUGGUAACAUCCCUCCAUGGUAUAGCCGUAUAAUGGCCGUAUGCCCUUUUCUGUUUUCUUUUGAAACAAGAUGGAAAUACAUUCGGCUGACUGAAUUUCGUGCUCCACGGAUUCAAGAAAAUCUUUCACGUCGGUGGGAUAGUAGCAUCUAUUCCCCGAACUCUGGAAAUAAUCAGAGAUCACAUACAGGGAAUGUUGCUCGUAAAAGGUUUAUAGUUGAUCGGGACUGCAUUCUGGACUCUGCUUCAAAAAUAAUGUCAUCUCAGAUCUAUCGGGACUCCAUUCUUGAAGUGGAAUAUUCUGGAGAAGUUGGGACUGGUCUAGGUCCUACACUGGAAUUCUAUACCCUUGUUAGUCGGGAGUUUCAAAAGGUUGGUUUGAGCAUGUGGAGAGGAGAUCAUAGCUAUGUCACAACAAAGGAAGAUAGUGACUCUGGUCAUGUGGUAGCGUCUUUAGGUCUUUUUCCUCGUCCAUGGUCAGAAACCAGGAGUUCCUCAAAUAGAAUAUCAUUCAAUAAUGUUAAGAACUUUGCCCUUCUUGGGCGGAUUAUUGCGAAGGCACUUCGGGAUGGAAGAGUCCUGGAUCUGUCUUUCUCUAAAGCUUUUUAUAAGCUCAUGCUUCAGCAGGUAUGACUUUGAGUGUACAUCUGUUAUUUUUCAGUUUGAAGUUUAAUUAUCACUUUGAGCAGGUAUGGUUUCCUCAAAUUGAAAAACAAUCACCAUCUGUACUAACCGUUAUUUACAUUUCUCUUCAAGGAGCUUGAUGUGUAUGAUGUCCAGUCAUUUGAUCCUGAACUUGGGAGGACUUUGCUGGAGUUCCUGGCUAUUGUUUAUCGGAGGAAGUACAUAGAAUCUGCUUCAGGGAAGAAUGCAGGAACCGGAUCUGAUUUACUUUACAGGGGUAGUAGAAUAGAAGAUCUUUGUCUGGAUUUUUCUCUUCCUGGUUAUUCCGACUAUUUCUUUGCAUCUGGUGAUAACCCUGAAAUGGUAAUUACAUUGCCUUUUUACAACUUUCGGUUGUCUCCUGAGAAUAGUUUAUUAUACUCUCAUUUAACUGCCUCUCUUCAUUUUAUAGGUCAAUAUUGCCAACUUGGAAGAGUACGUUUCCCUGAUUCUGGAUGCAACAAUUGGUAGCGGAAUCUCCAGGCAAAUGGAGGCUUUUAAGUCAGGUUUUAAUGAGGUAUGUUUGGCUUCAGAAACAGUUGAUUCUUGGAUUCGUCGAUUGUGUUGAUACUAGAUUUGUCAUCCUUUUGGUUGUGGAAAGUUGAGAUAACAUUUAACAUACCUGCAAUUUUCUGACUUGCCUUUAAGUCUUCCUCGUGCUGGAAGGUGAGCAUUCACUCUAAAGCUAAAAAUAAAUAGCAGUAUGCAAUCCUUCAUUUAUGAUUUCGUAUUUAAGCUAGUUAGAUUCUCUCUUCCAGCACGCUAAUCCUGUAGGCCCCUUGAUAUUUUACUCCGAGUCAGUGGUAGGAGCGCUGUUCUAAGAGGGUUGACUUUUUUUCCGAUUUAUCACUCUCAGACGCAACUUUUUUUUCGUGUGUUGAAACGUGAUUCCUCUUAUUGGUUGUGAAUAACAUGGGCAAGAGAUCAAACGAGCGGACAAGACCACCUUACCUGAGAAACUAAUUUCCUCUUGUUGAAAUCCAUUUUCUUAGACAGAAUUUCACUUGCAGAGAUAUACGUCUGUUCUUUGUUGAUCUCUUUUUGCAAUGACAUUCUUAAUAAAGCCUUCUCUCUCUACCCCAUUGGAACGAGAGGAUUCAAUGGAUAAUUCCUUCAACACUCAGCGGUCACAGGCAGAUUGUAGAUCCUGUUCUACGAGGGCAGUGCGUUACUUAUCCCUUCCCCGCCUGCCAGAGUCUUAGAAGCCCUGAAUCGUCAUUUUUUCCCCCAUGAAAUACUGAAUCUCUUGGACCCAAGGAACAAACGGGAUUCCCGAUUACCUUGGGUACUUUUUCCUGCACACCCUCAUGCCCUUCGUAGUAUGUCAUUGAUUUUGAAAGGGACUUGUGAGGCUAUGAUUCAUUCACAUCGUUAUGUUCCCCUGACAUCGUUGAUAUGAAACAUCUAAUUCAAAAAUAAUAACUCUUUGCUGAAAAUAUUUUUUUAUUAUGCCUUCUUCAAAAUGCUUCACCCAUGUGGCAAGCAUCGCAACCCCAUUUCUUACUGGGUUCUUUGAUGUUAAUAAGGUUUAUUUGAAAAUAGAUCAUGUUCAGUUGUUUAGAUAAAGUAAGACACACGUUGUCAUGCUGUGUAUCAGAGUCAGUCAGCUUUUAGUAAUCUAUGAGGUGUGAUGUUUGUGGAUAUCCCCUCGACAUGGCUGCAUGAGAAAGGGGAUCCUUGGGAACGUCCUGUUUAGUCAUAGUAUGCCAAACACCCUACACUCUCAAGUGACUGAAAUGAGUACCUCUUGGGCAUGUUCUCCUGUAUAUAUGUAGACACCUUACCUCUAAUCGUAUUGAGACAAUGCGGACGCAUUGUCCUGAAAAAUACAUUUCGACCUGGAUUUAACAACUUUUAACUUAAGGUGGAGCCAUGAAAGAGCUGAGGCAUGAAUCACCAUUCAUUGUUUAUGCAAUCAGCAUCUAGCCAUUACGAGAGUGCGGACUCAUAACUCUCUGUUGUAGACUGAAAAAUCUUAUAUUAAUGGAAGGCCCUUUUUCUCCCUUUUGGCGCAUGGUUGGUGGUAAUAGUGUAUUUUUCUAAAUUACAUGUCUGAUCUUUCAAUCUAACUUGGUAAAAAUGUACCAGGCGUUGGCGUACAAUCGAUCAAUAAAAAGCAAAUCAAUGCAUCUGAUCUUUCAUUUACGUUGACGUUCAUUGAAAGCAUAGAAAGUCCAUCUUCAUACUGUAUAUGCUUCAAGUUUUCAUUUUGUGUAUUUUAUCCAUUCAAAAGCUCACUGUAGGACUAGUUGUGAUCUUUUCAUGUCCCUGAAUGUGAAAAUCUGUCUUUACUACCUGUCCAUUCGUCUGUAGUGAUAAAUUUACAUUGGAGAAUCAUAUUUAUUUUAUUUUUCCAAGACGUGUGGCUUUUUAUCUUUAAGAAUGUUCUUAUAAAACUUCAUGGUUGAUAGGGCGUCCACGCUUGGGAUAGCGAACAUAUUGGCAUCACACGAAGAUUGUUGUAUAUUUUUAAAUAAUUCAAUUACAUUUUGUGGGUCUUUCUUCCCACGAACAUGAUGAAAUGCAGUCCUAUUAAUAGAGGGGAGGGAUCAGGCUUUUAUAGAUUUUACAACAUAACAUGUUUAGCGUCCAACAAUAAUAAGCAUCGGUUUCUGAUGAUACAUCGAACCCCGUGUGUGGUUCAUGUUGAAGCAAUCAACCUUUCUUAUAAGUAUUUCAUGAAAUACAUGAAUUUCACUUACUUGUAAUGCACGGCAGGUAUUUCCUUUGAAAGCUCUUCAUAUUUUUUCUGAAGAUGAGCUCGAGCGCUUAUUAUGUGGGGAGCAGAAUUCAUGGACGGUGGGUUAUCUAUUACUUUUCUUUAAUACUUUCAAAUCCCCUUCAAUAUCCUCUGACCCCCUCCCCCUUCCCAUCUGGUUUCACAACAGUCUGAUGAGCUCCUGCAUCACGUUAAAUUUGACCAUGGUUACUCAUCCUCAAGUCAACCCGUCAUCAGUGUAAGCACUCGCGUCAAACGUCCUGCCCCCAUCCUGCUGUUGAGUUCAUCUCUCACUCUCAGAAUCCUCUGUGGCGUAUGCUUCAUUGCAGUUAAUGGAGGUCAUCCAGGAGUUCUCAUGGGACCAACGUAGAGCUUUCUUGCAGUUUGUGACUGGGGCACCUCGGCUUCCCCCUGGAGGCUUAGCUUCUCUCAACCCUAAGCUCACAGUUGUUCGCAAGGUAUCCUUUGAAUGAAAUCUAACCCACUCCCUUUCCAUAUAUUUCUCCACCAAAAAUGAAUCAUUUCUUGCUUCAACAGCACUGCAACGACUCCACAGACAUGGAAUUGCCGAGCGUGAUGACAUGUGCCAAUUACCUGAAGCUCCCUGCCUACUCUUCUAAGGUAAUCACUCUUCCCUCUGAGACUGGAUUGUGGCUUAUGAACGGUAGUUACUCAUGUUUCAUUUCCUAUGAACCAUAAUUUUCUGGCCAUCCAGCUUCACUCCCACUUAAUGUUUUGGAAUUCCCAAGUCACCAACUGGCUCUGAUCUUGCAGGAGCUACUGCGGGAAAGGCUGCUGUAUGCGAUCACGGAGGGGCAGGGCUCCUUCCACCUCUCCUAG